CACCACGAAAAACUUGUGAUUGUGGAUUACCAGAUUUGCUUCAUAGGAGGACUAGAUUUGUGCUUUGGCCGUUUUGACACAAGUGAACACAAAGUUGGUGACUGCCCUCCGCUUAUAUGGCCAGGAAAGGACUAUUACAACCCAAGAGAAUCAGAACCGAAUUCUUGGGAAGACACAAUGAAAGAUGAACUUGAACGCGAAAAGUAUCCACGUAUGCCAUGGCACGAUGUCCAUUGUGCUCUCUGGGGCCCACCGUGCCGUGACAUUGCGAGGCACUUUGUUCAGCGCUGGAACCUUGCCAAGAGAAACAAGGCUCCAAAUGAACAAACUAUUCCGCUGCUCAUGCCUCACCACCACAUGGUCAUCCCUCAUUACAUGGGAAGAAGUAAAGAGAUAGUUGUUGAGAACAAGAAAACAGAAGAAAAUCCAAAUGACAUCAACAGACAGAACUCUUUUUCCUCAUUUUCACCAUACGAAGACAAUAUCCCGUUGCUUCUGCCGCAAGAAUCCGAUAGUUUGGUGGAUCCUCAUUCAGAACCAAUGCCAAAUGGUCUGCAUGAUAACAACCAGAGUCUUAUUGAUGAGCCAAUUGGGAUGUGUAGAGAUUGUUCUUCUGUCUCUAUCCAGAAUCAAGAAGAUGAAGCUUCAGUUCCAGAGAUGAAAGGUUUUGUUGACGAGAUUUACAUGACAGACAUCCAAAGCGACACAAAUUUAAGCACGGAGGCACGCUCUGAAACGGCAAAUUCAGAUGAGUGGUGGGAGAAUCUAGAGGAAAAAAUUCAGAUUAAUGCUUCUACUGAUAAUGACUGUGGUGGACAAGUGGGUCCACGAAUCGCGUGCCGUUGUCAGAUUAUUAGAAGUGUAAGCCAGUGGUCUGCUGGAGCAAGUCAAACUGAGGAAAGCAUUCACAAGGCUUAUUGUUCUCUCAUUGAGGCAGCUGAACAUUUUGUUUACAUUGAGAAUCAAUUCUUCAUAUCAGGUCUGUCACAGGAUGAGAUUAUACAAAAUCGCGUCCUGGAAGCACUGUACAGGCGUAUCCUACGAGCACACAAAGAACAGAAGUGCUUUAGAGUCAUUGUGGUCAUACCACUCUUGCCUGGCUUUCAG